GCUUAGCGAGCAAUUCAAGAAAAACUACCUGCCAGAAGAUCUGCAAGAUCGUAUGGAUGACUUGGAACGAGAAUAUUACGAGGGGCUGCUAACGCCUCGCGUCCCGCCGGGCACCCUCGAUCUUUCAGAGGUGCGCAACUCGGUCUACUUCUUCAGU